GAGGGGAGGAGCCGUCGACGGCGCCCGGCGGAGCUGACCCGACCCCCGCACCCCACAUCCCGGCCGCGGCAUGGAGACGCGCACCAAGCGCAGGCUGACCAACGGCGCCAUCGGGCUGCUCUUCCUCUUCAGCGGCAUCGACUGUAAUACUUCCAACGAUCUGGGCAUAUCUUGAGACACUGAAAGCUGAACCGUACUUUCUGGGUUUGGGACUAUCGGCCUUCAGUUUCAGUGGGCUGAUCGCUGGCCCUAUCCUUGGUCAUAUAUCAGACCGAUCAUGGAGGACAAAGCCCAUCAUCUUAUUUGCUAAUAUGUUCGAGAUUGUAGGAAAUUUUAUGUACUUCAUGGGAUAUUCAAAAUGGUUACUUCUUGGUAGUCGACUUGUCGCAGGCAUUGGGACGGGUGCUGGCGCGUGUAUUUUUGGAUAUCUUACUCGGUCUACCUCUACAGGGGAACGGGCUACAGUAUUUGCAGUCGUCAUGGCUGCGCGGCAGGCUGGGCUGUUGAUUGGACCAGGUUUUAAUUUAUUCCUGAGACUUUGCAACUUCAAUCUGGGGCCAUUUAAAGUCAAUAAAUACACGUCACCUGGGCUGUUCAUGUGUUUAAUGUGGACUAUUCUGCAAGUGAUCAUUAUCUUCAUGUACUAUGACCUUCCGUCGGUUCCCGUGGACAAUUGCAAAGUGGUUUCUGUUGAAGAGGAAGAAGAGCCUCUGAUUGGCGGUGUUGGAGACAGCAGCCGGUGCAGCACUGCUAUUGAACACGACAAAUCUCACGUCCCACCAACAAGUGAAACGGGCGGCGAAAAUAGCACAGCCGAUGAAGAUCACUACAUUCCCAAUGGCCACAUCGAAGACUGUAAAACCAAUAAUAAUCCAUUUCACAAUUUUAGCGCUGCAAAAGAAUAUCUACGCGAGGAAGUGGUUGUUGUAUUGACAGCACAAUUCAUUACUCUCUUCAAUCAGACUGCGCUAGAGACAAUGGUUACCCCAAUGACCCAGAAAUAUUUCAACUUUGGAGAACUGGAGAACAGUUUGAUGUACUGUAUGUGUGGAGUGGAGGUAAUAAUUGGAUUUUUUAUUGUGAGGUGGCUAAGCACUAAAUUUGCAGAUCGAGUAAUUCUGGCACUGGGGCUUGUCAUAUGCAACAUUUCUUGUGUUUGGUGUUUAAUCUUCUUGGCAAAUCCUAAAGGAGGGUUUUCCAUUUUGCUCUGCGAGUUUGUGGUUGGUGUGUUUCUCCAGAUCCUGGGCUUGCCCUUUGUCGCAGUAUCUCAAGUAUCUUUAUUUUCAAAAGUGACAGCGGAGAAAACUCAAGGAUUUAGUCAUGGACUGCGUCGAUCAAUAGGUGGAAUUGCCACAAUAAUGGGCCCAAUGUGGGCGGGGGGACUAAUUCAUAAUCUUUAUAUCAUGUUUGGCGUCAUGAUGGGACUUCUGACACUUCUAACUAUAAUGAUGAUAUUGUCCUACAGCUAUCUGGUUGAACCCGCCCCAUCACAAAUGUCAUCUGUGAACAGAAGAAACAUGGAUGAUGACUGAUUAAAAUGUCAUGAACUCGAGUAGGAGUGUACAAGAUGUCCAAUGCUGCUGCUGCGAUGCUUUUUACUACAUAAUGCUGCCACAUUGAAUGUGGACAUUCUGAUCAAGCAAACCUUUUGUACGUGGUGAUAAAUGUAAAGAACAAUAUAAUGUUAUAUAAAGUGAUCGGAGAAACUAGAAAGGCAAUAUUAAAAUGUGAACAAAAUAAUGCAGUCCUGUUCAUUUCAGGUUCUCUCAGAGUAUAUCGUUUCUAGAAUUUAUAUUUUAAAUUGCAGGACAUGAUUUUGAGAAAAUUUAUUUUUAAAUCACUGUUAAAUAGACUGCAUUUAAGAUAAAAAUCACAUUUUCUGCAUUCAGGUGUAAGUGUGCAUCAAAUGUGUUCUGAAACUGUGGAAAAUAGACAAUGUUAGAUGUGACAGUGUGUCAUAAAUGUAUUUGAUGGAGUAUGUUUUGUAUUGACGAUGGACCUGACUGUUUUAAAAAAGAACAUGUAAUAAAUAACUAAUUUAAUUCUGA